AUGGCGAGUCCGACGCGAAGUGCCGCGUCUGGACGUCGACAACACGUCGCGUACGGACUGGAGGAGCGACAGGGCGUGGAUGGAGAUGCCCCACCCAGCGGGAGCGCGUUGCGAGAACGAACAAUCGCAUCGCCACGUGCUGCAGCUUUGCGCGCUACGAUGACUCCUUGCUCUGCCGAUGGUCUGGCGGCCAUUGCACAACUGUUAUAUCUCUUUUUUCGUCUUGAUUCGAUCCAAUGCCUCCUUUUCUUCUACUGUUGCCGAGCUCCGUCGUUGCGCACGUGCGCGCUCGUUACCAGCGUAAACACCAUCAACACUGGCGUGGCUUGCCAAAAGCAAACGCUGCUCUCACUUGCACUGCUUGGCCGAUCCACUCGGUUGCAUGUACUGUGA